CCGUUCUCUCAGUGUUGUGUUGUGUUGGGCGGCUUCUGUGAUCGACGAGAUAAGUUAUUGAUUUGUCGAUAUUAAAUCCCUUUUGUAGUGUCUAGUCAGGUAUUCACAGGACUUCCUAGUACUAUGCGACCUAAAACGACCACAGACACAAGCGGUGGAACACCCCCAAUGAAAAGAGGACCAGGCAGACCUCCUUUGAAGAGGAGAAGGACUUCUUCAGUUGCAAGUGGUAGCAAGAAUGAGGACGAUGAAGAUUCAAUUCAAGAACCCUCAAAGAAGAGGAAAAAGCUGGAUCCUUCUGAAACAGUGCAUCAGCUUUACGAACUUAUUCGUAACCACAAGAAAGAAGACGGAAGUCUGCUGUGUGAUGCGUUCAUCCGGGUGCCCAAACGACGACAGGAACCUGGAUAUUACGAGGUGGUUUCAAAUCCAAUCGACCUGUUAAAGAUCCAGCAAAAGUUGAAAACAGAUGAAUAUGAAGAUGUGGAAGAGCUUCAGAAUGAUGUAGAGCUGCUUAUCAACAAUGCCAAAGCAUUUUAUAAAAGGAAUUCUCAAGAACACAAAGAUGCUUGUGAGUUAUGGGAAUUUUUUUUGGCUACAAAGCAAAAACUGCUCGAAGACCCCAAGUCCCUUACAUCUGAUGAAACACCAGAAAAAGGAAAAAUCAUCUUAAAAGUAGGCAAACUUGCAGCUGAGGUCACUGUAAAGGAGGAGCCGGAUUACCAGCCGGUGGAGAAGAAGAGACGAGGCCCUGGCAGACCGCCCAAGGAGGAGAAGAAGGGGUGGGAGGAGGAGGCGAAGAGAGCAGCAGAGAGAGCUGCAGAGAGAGAGGCAGAAGAAGAUUCAUGGAGCCAGGAGGACGAGCUGGGGGCAUGUGAGGAUCUGUUCACUGCUGUGAUGACAGCUACAGACGACACAAACCGGCCGCUGCACCUGGUGUUCCAACUGCUGCCCUCCAAGAAGAGAUAUCCAAAAUACUAUGAAGUGAUAGAUAAUCCAAUAGACCUAAGAAUGAUUGCUCGUAAAAUUCAAGACUCUAAGUACACAAAUUUAAAUGAAAUGGAGAAAGAUCUACUUCAGAUGACCCGUAACGCAUGCACGUUCAACGAGCCCGGUUCCCAAAUAUACAAAGAUGCCAAGGCUUUAAGGAAAAUCAUUCAGAGCAAGAAGAUUGAAAUUGAACAUUCUAAGCUGUCCUCUGGAAAGACCAGUGAAAGAAUAAGUAAACGGAAAGACACUGUUUCCAGAGCCAAGCGACUGCGGGGAGGCCAAUCCCUGUCUGCAAUCACGGCUGCUUUGAAAGACGACGAUGAUGAUUCCGACGAGGAACUUGUUCAUGUUACUGAGGAAGACGCGGAAAAUCCUAAAUGGCAGUUGUACUUGGCAGUCAAAUCUGCAAGUAACGCUCAAGGUCAGGAGCUAAGUGAACCAUUUUGGAAACUACCCUCCAAGCGUUACUACCCUGACUACUACAAAGAAAUCAAGAACCCUCUUUCAUUAAUGCAAAUUGGAAAGAAAUUGAAGAGAGGAGACUACGGAACAGUGAGUGAAGUGGCCGGAGACAUGAACAUAAUGUUUGAGAACGCCAAGAAGUACAACAGGGCAGAUUCGCGGCUCUACAAGGACGCUGUGAAACUGCAGAAGCUGAUGCAGGCCAAGGUGCAAGAACUGCUGGAACUGGACCAUCAGUACUCUGACAGUGAAGAUGACAGUGGAGGAGAUGAGCCUCCUCCCAAGACUGUGGUGACCAGCAGAGGCAGCACUCGUUGUCUGACUAGAGGCAAGUACCUGGACAACAUACCACUGAAGCGGAGACUCUACUCUCUAUGCAAGUGCCUUAUAGACUACACGUGUGAAGACGGGCGACAACCAAUGCUGAUGUUCAUGGAGAAGCCCAGCAAGAAGCUGUACCCUGACUAUUACAAGGUCAUAGACCACCCCAUAGACAUGCUCACCAUAGAGUCCAACAUAAAGGCGGAGAAGUACCAGUGCGAGGAAGAGAUACUGAGUGACUUCAAGCUGAUGUUUGACAACUGCAAGCGCUACAAUGAGGAGGGCAGCAUGAUCUAUGAUGAUGCCAUCAAGCUGCAGAAGAUACUGAUGGGCAGAGUGAAGGAGCUGGGCCCUCUACCUGACACUCCUGGCAGCUCGGCCAAGAAGUCAGCACCUCGCACAUUAACACCAAAGCCAAGAAAGAUAACACCAAAUCCCGGCCACUAUGGGAAAGACUACGCCAAAAUGAGAACAUUCUUUAACACCAUUAAAGACUACAAGGAUCCCAAAAAUAAUCGUCAACUGAGUGUGAUUUUCAACAAGCUUCCUUCAAAGAUUGAGUAUCCAGACUACUACGAAGUGAUAAAAAAACCAGUCAACAUGGAAUCGAUUGCCCAGAAACUCAAGGUCGGUUCCUAUGAAAACUUGGACGAUCUUGUGGCAGAUUUUGUUCUCAUGUUUGACAACGCCUGCAAGUACAAUGAGCCUGACUCGCAGAUAUACAAGGAUGCCCUGAUGCUACAGAGGGUAGCUCUGCAGACCAAACUGCAGCUCAAAGCCAAUGAAGACGCAGUCCCUGACGUAACUGCAGCUGUGCAGGAGUUGCUCACAUCUCUUUUUACUGCAGUUUAUAACCACCAAGACGAGGAGGGCCGCUGUUUCUCUGACUCUAUGCAAGAACUGCCUGAACAUGAUGAGGUUGACGGCAAGAAGUUGCGAGCACUGUCUCUGGACCUCAUCAAGCGUCGUCUGGAUGGAGGACAAUAUCGCAGACUAGACCAGUUCCAGGAGGAUUUAUUUUCUUGUAUGGAACGAGCUCGCAAGCUGUCUCGUACCGACUCUCAGGUCUUUGAAGAUUCUGUGGAGCUCCAGUCGUACUUUAUCAGGCAAAGGGAUGAGUUGUGUCUGAACGGUGAUCUGCUGCACUCCCCUGCACUGAACUACACAUUGCUGGACCUGAGUGCUGCCGUGGACCUUACCAGACAACAGAAGCUGCUGCAGGAACAACCUGAGGAGGAGGAACAGACUCGCUCCUCAGAAGACAACACCAGUCGGGACGGCAGUAGCCACGGAGGUUUGGCUGUAGGAGUGGCAGACAACGCUCUCAGCUUCAACCAACAGGUGUAUCGCAUAGGAGACUUUGUGUAUGCAGAACCGAAGGAGCGAGGCAUGGAUCCGAUACUGCUCAACAUCCAGCGACUGUGGACCAACCAGGAGGGACAGCAGAUGUUGUAUGGCAACCAGUACUACAGGCCACGGGAGACCUACCACGUCACCACUAGGAAGUUCCUUGAGAAGGAGGUAUUCAAGACGGACCAGCACGUGGCGAUCCCUCUCAACCAGGUGCUGGGCCGGUGUUGUGUGCUCAGUGUCAAGGACUACUUCCGCUCUCGUCCAGACAACUUUGAGGAGAAGGACGUCUACGUCUGUGAGUCCCGAUACUCGUCCAAAGCUAGAGCCUUCAAGAAAAUUAAGAACUGGCCACAGAGCUUGACAGCCGGCUACAAACUAUUGCCACGGGACGAGGUGUUGGAGCCGAAGCGAGUCAUGUCUGUAUUUAGAGAGAGGGUGGAGAAACACAAGGAGGAGAUUGCAGAGCUGGAGGAGAGGGAGAAACUAGUGGAGAAGGAGAAACCGAAUGUGGUUCUCCAAACUGACGAGGCUGUCACAUACUUUGAGCAGUUCAACACCAAUGGCUUUGUGCUGAAGACUGGAGAUUGUGUGUAUGUCAAGACGGAUACUGACGCCAGAGCUAUCUCCCAGAUUGACUCCAUCUGGACUAAUGCAGAGGGAGAAGCGUAUUUCCACGGGCCGUGGCUGGUGCUGCCAUCUGCCAUCCCUCACACUCCCGCCAGGACCUUCUACAAGCAGGAGGUGUUCCUCAGCACCCUGGAGGAUACUAACUCUGUCAACAACAUCGUGGGCAAGUGUGCAGUGCUGGAACAUGGCGAAUACAUCUCCUGCCGGCCCACAGAGAUCCCAGAGUCAGAUGUGUAUGUGUGUGAGUCACAAUACGACGAGGCUCGACGAUCCAUCAAGGAGCUGCCUCGUGAAGGUCUCAAGAAGUACACUCACUCUGCCGCAGUCACGCAGGACGAGAUCUACUUCUUCCGCAGACUCAUCAACCCUCAGAAGGUUGGAGCCAAAGAGGCUGAGCAAGAAUCAAAAUCCAAUCAGUACCUGCAAAACUUUGACCAGAAUUCGUGUUCAGCCUCCUCCCCCGCCACCAAUAUCAAGUUAGAGGACAUAAUGUGUGAGGACUCCAUGGAUGGGGGCCCCCCGUCAGUAGGCUCCUUUCAUACUGGCGAGAACUCUAAUGCUAGCACACCAGUCACUAGCAAGAAGAAGAGGGAUCAGAAAAAGCUGGUCACUGGGUAUAUUCUCUACUCGGGAGAUGUGAGAAAAGGCAUCGCUGCUGACAAUCCUGCCUGUUCCUUCGGAGAAGUCAGUCGUAUGGUGGGCAAUGAGUGGCGCAAUUUACCCACAAGUGAAAAGAUCGCUUGGGAAGAGAAAGCAGCGAGGGUGAAUGAGGAGACAGCAGCCAAGAUGGCCGCUGAGGAAGCUGCUCCUGCUUCCCCAGCCACUACUGUGGCCAACCAGAACCAACAUCCAGACCUGGUGUACGAGUGUUGCUGGGACAACUGUGAUUGGCAGUUUGAGGAUAUGCAGGAUUGUAUAGAACACGCUGUAGCCGAGGGUUGCGGCCAUGUACACAUGUACUUCGCAGCUGUUCCUCCUCAUGAACUGGAGUUCCAGUGCCAGUGGAGGGGCUGCACCAGGAUGAGGAAGGCCAUCGCACCGUUCCCCAGUCUGCACCGGCUGGCGCGACAUGUCAAGGAAGUGCACAUCAUGAAGAGUCAGGGCCGUGUGGUGCAUCCUGACCACCGCAGCAAGCAUUUCCUGGCCUCCACGCGGACCAAGCCCGUCGCCAAACCUCUGCCCAGCACGCCUCUGCCUGGCAUCGCCAUGCACGCCGCAUCAAUGGCGCCUGGAUUGUUCUACUCUCGUAAUACUCCUUCGCCAGCUUCACAGAAUGGAGGAGGUUCCAUCGGAGGUCGCAACAAUGAGCCGUUGUUUGUCACAGUUCCUCCAAGACCUUCACGUCUGCUGCACUCUGAGGCUUACAUUAAGUACAUAGAGGGACUCCACUCAGGAUCUCGCAGCAUCAGCAACUGGGAUAAGCAGUUGAAGGCGGCACAGGAAACCACUGACGCCCCAGAGUUGGCGCAACUACCGGCACACUGGCUCGGCAACGGUGUCGGUAACCAUGGCAACAUACUGACAGCACUGUGGACUCUGCGGGACUUUAUGUUCCGAGACGCACUCGGCAUCUCAAAACUAGUCUAAAUCACCACCGAUCUACCUCGUAACUGUGACGAGUUACAAGCCUGUGUAAAACUGUCAUCUUUUGUGGAUAGUGGAAAAUUCAGUCCAAAGUAUGGUUUGAUGUGCGUUUAGUGUUUUGCCCAGAGAGAAAGAAGUUUAGUAUAAUAAUAUCAAGCAAAAUUUUUAUUGUAAAACGUAUGUAGUAUUUUCUACCUACUUAAAUACUGUAAAUCAAAAAACUUUUUAAUUUAA